AUGACCGAGAGCAAGACCCCAGAAACGCCCUGCCCAGCGCCAAAAGCAAACAUCACAGAAGCCACGUUGUGCCGAACAGACUCCGCAGCCGCAGUCAGUCCGACGGUUUCCUCCCAAGACCUCGAUUCAGAAAUAUCCAAAGCCGCGCACCAAGUCCAGCUCAUCGAGUUUCUCGUCGAACAGGCCCUUCGUGGAAAGCAAUCGAACCGGAUGAGCGGCGAAGAUGUUGCUAGGAGAUGGCUUCAUACUGCGAAGGAAGAGAUUGAGAAUUGGUCAAAGCAGACGAAGCAGAUGGUGGAUGAAGUGGAGGAAGCUGGCAGCACUAGGAGUAGCUAG